CUUGUUCGGGUGCUACUAAACAUAAUUAGUUUUACCUCCAAUUCAAUGGAAAAUCAUUUUACAUUAAGUUCACUUAUUACUAAAAUCAAUUUUAAACACACAUUUAGUUUGUUGUGUGUUAGGAUCCGUUACUGCUUGUAAAAAUAUGAGUAUAAAUAUGUUUUGAAUGUGAAAGUUUCAGAACUGUUUAGAACAAACAAUACAUUGAUGGAACAAAAGGAAGUUCCACAAGUGUUGCUAAACUCUGGUCACAAAAUGCCUAUGCUUGCCUUUGGAACCGCAGGACUGCCUCGCCCGCCAAACGAUGAGCUCAUUCCUGCCUUCGUCGAUGCCAUCCAAGCCGGCUAUCGCCACUUCGACACGGCGACUUUGUAUGGUUCUGAGGAGGCCCUUGGCCUAGCUAUAAAACAAGCACAAAACCAAGGUCUUAUAAAAAACCGCGGCGAGAUUUUCGUUACAACGAAGCUUUGGUGUACUGAUGCUCAUCCUGACCUUGUCCUCCCUGCACUAAAAAAAUCACUGCAGAGGUUGGAACUUGAGUAUGUGGAUCUUUACCUAAUACAUUUUCCAGUGAGAUUGAAACAUGGUGGAAUUGAAGACAAUUUUUCAAAAGAAGAUGUUCUUCCUUUUGACAUAAAAGGGACUUGGGAAGCCAUAGAAGAGUGCUCUAAAUUAGGCUUAGCAAAGUCUAUUGGUGUCAGCAAUUUUGGAGCAAAAAAGCUUUCUCAACUUCUACAAAAUGCUACUAUUCCCCCAGCUGUUAAUCAAGUUGAAAUGAAUGUAGCAUGGCAGCAAGGAAAUCUGAGAAAAUUCUGCCAAGAGAAAGGAAUACACAUGAGUGCAUGGUCCCCUUUAGGAGCUAAUGGUGCUUCCUGGGGUACCCUUGCUGUAAUGGAGAGUCCUAUCUUAAAGGACAUUGCAAUUACAACAGGCAAGACUGUGCCACAGAUUGCAUUAAGAUGGAUAUUGGAGCAAGGUGUGACUCCAGUGGUGAAGAGCUUCAACAAGGUAAGAAUGAGAGAAAAUCUUCAAAUAUUUAAUUGGGAGCUUAGUGAUGAUGAUUUGGUGAAGAUUAACCAAAUACCACAACGUAGAGCCUUCUUAGCAAAAGAUUUUAUAUCUGAAGAUGAAACCUUGGAAGAUUUUUGGGAUGGUGAAAUAUGAUUUAUGGGGACAUAUUUUGUCCAAAUUCUAAAUUCGAGUGUGUACUAAAUCAUGUAAGAGUUUUACCAUUUGUAAUCUCAAGGGAUGUGGUUCAAGUCUCUUUCGAUAAGGUUGGAAAAUAGUAGUACUAUUUUAAUUAAUAAUAAUUUAUUUUUUAAAAAAAUUUA